ACUCUUCCACAAAACCCUUCUCCUGAGUCCUCAUUGCUCUCUUUCUCCAUUAGGCAGCUAAAACUCCAUCAGUGCAUAAACCCAUACAAAACCCUCUCCUUCAACCAUGGCACUUUCCAAACCCUCCUCCUUCCUCCACCGCGUCAAAUCCCUCCCUCUCUCUUUUCCCUACCACCACCGUACCCUCCGUCCUCACUCUCCACCUCUCAUUUCCUUCCGCCGCCUCCUCUCCUUCGCCACCGCCGACGAUAUCGCCACCGAACGCCGUAAACGCCGCCGCCAAGUCCGUAUGCAACCCCCUCUCUCUCCUCAACGUCAUCAGCAGCAACAACAACAACAACACCGUGCUCCGAUCACUAACCCUAACGCUCCGAAAGUUCCCGAACACGUCUUUGCCCUCACUGGCACCCGCCUCGCUUGCCACAAUAAAAUUCUGAAGCUAAUUCGUGAGAAUGAUCUUGAUGAAGCUGCUUUAUAUACUCGCCAUUCUGUUUAUUCCAAUUGUCGUCCUACUAUUUUCACUUGUAAUGCUGUUAUGGCUGCUCUUCUCCGCCAAAGCCGCUACUCCGACUUUUUGUCACUUCACCGCUUCAUUACUCAAGCAGGUAUUGGCUCUAAUAUAAUCACGUAUAAUCUUCUUAUUACUCUGUAUUGUGAGUGCCGGAAACCUGAUACUGCUCUUGAGCAUUAUAAGAGGUUGAUUGAGGAUGCACCAUUUGACCCAUCACCAACUACGUACCGGAUUUUGGUCAAAGGGUUGGUUGAUAAUAAUAAGGUUGAGAAGGCAAUUGAGAUCAAGGAUGAGAUGUUGUCAAGGGCGUUUGAUGCGGAUGCUGUUGUGUAUGGUUAUCUGAUGAAUGGGUGUGCUAAGAAUAAGGAUGGGGACAAGGUUUUGGAGAUUUAUGAGGAAUUGAUGGAGAAAUUGGGUGGCAAGGUGACAAAGGGGAUCAUCUAUGGGCCAUUGAUGAAAGGGUAUUUCUUGAAGGGGAUGCAGAAGGAGGCAAUUAGUGUGUUUGAUGAGGUUAUGGGGGAGAAUUCAACAAUAAAAAUGGAUGAUAUUGCGUAUAAUUUAGUUUUGGAUGCUUUUGUUAAGCAUGGUAAGUUUGAAGAAGCACUAAAGUUGUUUGAGAAGAUGAAAAGCUUGCAUAAUCCCCCUUGGAAGUUGACUGUGAAUCUAGGAAGUUACAAUGUGAUGGCAGAUGGGUAUUGUGCAGAAGGGAAGUUUAAGGAAGCAGUUGAUGUGUUUAUGAGUAUGGGUGAGAAGAACUGCAGUCCUGAUAUCUUGUCAUUUAAUAAUCUCAUUGAACAGUUGUGUAACAAUGGUUUGCUACCGGAAGGAGAGGAACUCUGUGGAAAAAUGAGUGACAAGGGAAUUAAUCCGGAUGAAGUUACUUAUUGUUUGUUGAUGGACGCAUGCUUUAAGGAAAAUAGGCCAGAUGAUGCGGCUGGGUAUUUCAGUAAGAUGAUUGAGGCAAAUUUAAGGCCUAAUUUAGCUGUAUAUAACAAGUUGGUUGAAGGAUUAGUUCAAGUGGGAAAGAUCGAUGAGGCUAAGUCAUUCUUUGACUUGAUGGUGAAGAAGCUCAAGUUUAAUCCUGCUAGUUACGAGUUUAUGUUUAAGGCCUUAUGUGAUGUUGGAAAGGUGGAUGAUGUGCUUAAGAUUGUUGGUGAUAUGUUGGAUGAAGAAAGUGUUGAUCUUAAUGAAGAUAUGCACAAAAUUGUCAAAGAUGGGUUGAAAAGUCACGGGCGAGAAGAGGAGGAACUGGACAGGCUUAUCGAGCAGAAGGAGAAAGAGAAAGAAGAAGCUAAGAGAAGGGAGAUUGAAGAAGCAGAAAGAGCCAAGGCGAGUGCCAGAGCCGCAGUUGCUUCUUUAAUUCCAUCUAAGUUGUUUGGAAACAAGGAAGAUGACAAAGAAUCUACAGCUCUCCCUGGAAGUGCGGGUACAAUAUCUAACAAUGAAGCGCAGGCUGGUGAAGAAGCUUCUGCUGCAUCCGCUUUGGGAGGAUUAACAGCGGAAACAGUAAUAGAAGGCAAUUCAGCAGCUGAAUCGGCAUUCAAGAGUGUUGACUCUGCGCAGGCUACUGCUUAAUGUUUCACGAUCUUAAAGUACUCCUCAAUGCAAAAAGGUCCUUAGUUCCCUUCUGUCCCUAUUGUUUAAAUAUUAUAGCUUUUUCAAUGUAAUCUUUUUGAACUAUAUUAGCUGCUGAUUAGAUCAUCUAUUAUCCUUGACUAAACUUCAUGUCUUCUGGCUUGCUUACCUCAUUAGUUGAACCUAAUUGGACUUGAGUA